GUGAUUCACCUGGCACCACCCUCUGAAGAUGCUCAAGCUGGACCCUACAGUAUGAUGUCAGUAUUAUGUGACAAAGCUACAGUGAAGAAAGAAGAACUUUAUGAAGUAGUUGGGAAUGAUGAAUACUGUAUCAACAAUCUUCUGGAUGAGAAAUAUGAGCCACGUCCUGUUCGAGAGAUUCUACAGGAUGCACACAGAUUUUUGGGACGAGAACUUCCAUAUUGUGUCUUUAGAGAGAACUGUGAGCACUUUGUUACGGAGCUGAGAUACGGAAAACCACAUUCCCGCCAGGUGCGGAACGCAGUGGAGAUUGGUGUUGGAGUUGGUCUUGCUGUAGCAGCUACCUUUGGAGUUCUUGCUGCUGCUGCAGCCAUAUUCGGUUCAAAAGACAAAGAGAAACAGUAAAGACUGGGAAAUGAAGAAGUGAAAGCACAACUGCCUUUGAUAUUUAAUGUCUGUAAAAUGUUUAUUGCAUUUAAUGGAAAUAAUUAAAACAUUUAAUGUAUGCAUUAAGCAAGCUUAGUUUUAUGAGCACAAAUGGAAAUAUUCAUAAACAGAAUUUAAGAGAUUGUCAGCAACCAAACAAAAUCCCAUCUGUUGUUGUUUGAGGACUACUGCUACUGACAAAUCUCUGCCUGAAGGAUUUUUUAAAUUAAUAUUUUUCUUUAUACUAGUUUUCUAAUAACAUUUCAAGCAUUUUAAUAACCAUAUAAUCAAAAAUAGGCUGAAUAUUUGACCAAAUUAAUCCUAAAAUAAAUUGCCAUGUUUCUAUUUUUGUGCCAUUAAAUAUUUGACAUCAUAUACUAGGUGUCUGUAUUAAUUUCUUGAUGUGAUUAUACUAUACCAGCAUAUCCUAGAUG